AUUUUAGUGCUAUUAAUAGUUUUAGUGUUUACGCUAGUUUUAUUAUUUGCUUUUUAUUUGAUUAAUUUUUUAUUAAGAAUUAAGGAUAUAGGAAAAAAUAAAAUUAGAGCGUUUGAAUGUGGUUUUGUAAGAGUUGGAAAAAUUCAAAAUUCUUUUAGAAUUCAUUUUUUUAUUAUGAUAUUGAUAUUUGUUAUUUUUGAUUUAGAAAUUGUUAUGUUUUUAGGUAUUUUAGUAUCAGAUUUAAGUUCGUAUAUCAGGUUUUUAAUAAUAUUCAUCUUCAUCUUGGGAGGAUUUUACAUAGAGUGAUGAUAUGGUAAAUUAGUUUGAGUAAUUUAA